CUUAUAAUAACCCAUUUGCAAGUGAACGCUAAGCGUCGAUGCAAGUUCGCAUCAGUUGGAUAUCUAAUCUCGAAAGGAACGAAUGUUUUUUUUGAAUUACGCGCGACAGUAUUUUGUUUUGAGUAAAUAAUCGUGUUUAUAUUAUUGGGGCUAGUGUUUUAAGACCUUUUCGUUUUUGUACAUCUUUUGAAGAUGAGGAACUACGCAUACGUCAUCGUAGGAAGUAUACUCCUAAGUACAGUAUCUCAUGCAGUUCCUCUAGAAGGAAUUAGUCAGACGAUAGACGAUCAAAAAGACGCAAAACUAGACGACCAACCUUACGGCCUACCAGAGAGUAAUGUCAAAGAAAAUAAACCAGGACAAAGAGAAAAAAGAUUUUACAAUUACUUUGACUACAAUAACGAUUUUAAUAUAAACCCGGAUUUUCCCAUUCCUCUCCGUCAAAAUAUCCAAAGAAGGGAGCCAUACAACAGCUUCGGAAACUAUGGCUCACAGGACCCAUUAGAUUUGAUCCUCACCAAGCUGCAGGAAAUUGCUAGAGACAGAACCUACUUACCUCCACGUACCAUUACCGUACCAGUUCCAACCUAUAUUCCCGUCUUAUACGUUCCGAAAGUAACUUGCGAUUGUACAUCAAACGAUGCAACAAAAAAACCAAGUCCUGUAAACAACAAAACUAUGCCUGAUUUUCCAGAUAGAUUCUCGCCCAUGGAUGAUACACAAAAUUCAGAUAGUUCGGAAGAUUAUACUGAGGAUGAAGGAUCGAGACCGCUUUCAUUUAAUCCUGUGACAUUAGAAGAACCAUUAAGUAAACCGCCGCCUCCAUUAGAACACGGAAGUGUCCAGGCGGGGCUGGAGCCAGCAAUGCCGGAAGUAACAACAAGAAAUCCAGUAACUCAGGAAAAAGAUGUUACGGAUUCAUCAAAAGACUCAUCACCACCUACACCCUGUGAGAAAGCCUCUGUAUCAUGUUGUCUUCAGCCUACAGUCAACUAUGGCUGUUUCAGGUCAUACGGAUGCAAUGAUUUGGCGUAUUUCAAAAAUGGAUGCGUUCUAGAUUUUAUGUUACCCGCAAUACAGAAGUUAGAAAGAUUCUUAAAACAAAAAGUAUCUACUGGAAGUUAAACCCUAAAGAAUGCAAACAUAUAUAUUAUUCUACUCCCAAAAAAAUCUAAUCAUUUUCGACUCCACUUGAACACACAAAAAAUUACUUCAAAAUCUGUCCAAGCGUCGAGGAGUUUAUGAAAGCAUGCACAGAAGAUUUAUAUAUAACAGACGUUUAUUUGCUGUUUAGAUUCUUAAACUAUAUACCGACUGAACCGCCAUCUGCCGGGCUGAUUUGUGAAUCUAAACCAUUCAGAGCGCCACCCAAACGCACACAAAAAAACAUUCAAAUCAGUCCAACAGUAUAAGAGGAGUUCAGUGACAUACACACGCACAGUAGAAUUAUAUAUAAAUAUUAUAACAUUUAUUAACAAGGUUUACCUAGUGUUAAUACAUGUGAUCUAGAAAUGUUCAGAAAGGCGUUUUUUACUUUCAUAUAAGAAAAUUAUUAACAAAAUGUGUAUUUAUAAUUCGACGUCAAUAAUUUUGAAAUUGGAUUACUUCAAAAACAUUUACUCCGAAUAUUUAUAAAUGGUACAAAGAACUUAGUACAAGUUUCAAUGUAAUACGUCAGCUAGAAGCAGAGUGUCUGUUUUUUUAAUAAUAAUGUUCGAUAUAACAGAAUGUAGUUGACAUAGCUUGACGCAAAACAAGUGUGCCUUGGUUAAUAUUAAAAUAAUACUCUUUAAUGCAUUUUACGUGUAAUAUUAAGAAAAUGUAUAAAACAAAUAACUUACUUAUAAACGGUCUGUAUAAAAUGUAACGAAUAUUAUUUUGUAUUUAUUUUAUGUAAUGGCAGCUUUAUGUAAUACAUUUUUCAUGUUAGUCGAUAACAUUGCAUUAAAUUCGAUAUACUCUGGUGACCUAUAUAUAGUUUGUAUAUUUAAAAGGUAUUGUAAUGCCCCAUUAAGUCUUAGUUUUGUAUAUUCAUACCGUUGCGGAGGAAGGAAGGUGCUAUUCCUUCUCCGACCUUAAAGCUGGCUUCUCCACCAGUCUUACCACUAACAGGCCGACAAUUAGAGGCCUCAGUGGUUACGGUCGAUAAGUUGUGUAUAUAUUAACGGUCGGAAUAACUUCGUUACAGUGUUUUAGGGUAUGAUGUCAUCGUAAUGAUUUGUAGGGGCAGAUUGUAGGUGUCGCUACACUGUGUCAUAGUUUGUUCCUAUAACUAGAUAAUCUAAGAUAUUUUGUAAUAUUUUUAAACUUUAUUGCGAUAAAUUAGAAUUAAAUACAAUUAUUUAUUGUAAUUAUGGUCGUAACGUCUCCAUUCCCUAAAGUGUAAUUUAUUGGUGGCUCUGGCAGCGUAUUCAAUGAAAAGAAACACAAAUUAUUAAAAGUAUUACAUAAAACACUCGUUUUGUUACAUUAAA